AUGGAUCCUCUUGAUUCUUGUGUUUCUGAUUACGCAAAUCUUGCUCUUGAUCCUAUCAAUUCCCCUGAGUCAAUCUCUGCUGCCGAGUCUGAAGACAUGAAGAGUUUGACUGACUCUGUCGACUGCCAGUCUUCUGAAUGGAUUCAAAGUUCCAAGGUCUCAACUUCAAAUAUGCUCGAGUUGAUCUCUACUGCCAAGUUUGAUGACACGAAGGGUACAACUGACUCUACUGAAUCAAUUCAAAGUUCCAAGGUCUCGACUUCAAAUACGCUCGAGUUGAUCUCUACUGCCAAGUCCGAAGACGCAAAGGGCACAACUGACUCUGCUGAGUCAAUUCAAAGUUCUGAGGUCUUGACUUUAAAUACACUUGAGUUGAUCUCUACUGCCGAGUCCGAAGACGUAAAGAGUACAAAUGACUCUGCUGAGUCAAUUCAAAGGUCAAAGAAGAUCGGAUCACUCUGUACUAUCCAGGAGAACUCCGAAUCAUUCUUCCCAGGAGUUUCUCAGGAUAUCCAACCUUCUCUACGCAUCCGCAUCACUUCGAAAUUCAAGACAAUCACUGCUGGUCGCGGUACUCCAGGGUUUAGCCCUUGUGAUGUGACUGGAACAUUAUCUCUGUCUUCAACGGAAUAUGACGCAGUCGAUUCUGCUCAAAACCGACUUUCGAUCGCACGAGCUAUGUUCUUUGUACCCGCAUUAAUCUAUCAAUCGGAGAAACCUCGAUUGAUUCCUCGGGUGAAGAUUAGAAUUGAGAAGGAUAUCUUUCCAAUCAUGAAGCGUUGUAUGACAAAGUUAUCACGCGACAAUUUAUUAAAAGGAGCGAUUGAUGUUUUUGGAUACUGGGCUCAGCAAAUGUGGGCACGUGAUCGAUUAGAUGAAGCCUUCAAGGCGCAAGAUUUAAUCACUGCAUACAACGCUAUUUACAAAUAA